GUUUGAGGAUUUUAAAUAUUACAUUUUAUCCAUUUUUUAAAAAAAUUCUGAAAAAGCUGUGGCACAUCAAAGAAAUUAAAUUCGGAAAAGGAAAAGGUGCAUUUAUUUAGGUUGUCCCUGUGGAUAGCGUGAGAUAAUAUUCCGUGAGUGAAUAUGAGGUUUGUUUUGUAAAAAUGUGAGUUGCAAUGUACAGUUUUCAUAAUAAGACCACACAAAUACUACUUGUCAAAUGGCGGAUAGUACCAAGUUAGAAAACCAGUCCUUGGGGAAGAGCUUGGUCACAUCACCUUUAAAAAAAUUAAAAUUAUCACCAUGUGGUAGUUCCAAUUCUGAUACUGUAUCAUUGUAUGAUUAUUCAUCCAAACACAGUUGUACUGAAAAUUGUAAAUCCAAAAAUGAAAAUGUAGAAGUCAGUUCAAACAAUGAUUCACCUACAAACGUUAGUCAUGAUCAAACAAAAGACAAGGAAAGAAGAAUCCGCCCAAACUCAUACAAGGCUUAUCAUCGACAAAUUGAGAAGAAAAGAAGAAACCGUAUAAAUAAGAUGCUUGAAGAUAUUUCAUCUUUAGUGCCUAUCUGUCAAAGUAUACCACACAAAUUGGACAAACUUUCUGUUUUAGAAUUAGCUGUGCAACAAGUGGAGAUGCUAACUCAAACUUUAAGUAAACAGACAAAUGCCACUUACAAACCUGAUGCACUUACUGAGGGUGAAAUGAAGUAUCUUUUGGAGCAAAAACAAAAUGGUUUUUUGAUAGUUAUUAGUUGUGACAAGGGGAAGGUUCUUCACGUAUCUGAUGCUGUUUGUGGUUUAAUUAUGCAUACCCCUGAUGAACUGGUAGGUCAUAGUCUGUUAGAUCUUGUUGAUCCAAAGGAUGUUGAUGUUGUUCAAAAUAUGCUGUUACCCAACGAUUCAUUGCCAGGGAAUAGAUUAUCUGAUAGUCCAACACUGGAUUGUAGAAGUACAAAGCGAUCGUUUUGUUUACGCCUAAAACCUUCAAAAUUGAAUAUUAUAUCAUCAGCAACAGUUUUUAAUAUACCAGUGUCAUGUAACGGUUUCCUGAAGUCGUGGAAAACCAACAUGUCAAAAACCAGUAGUAAUGAAAAGGUGUCAACAUUUUCUUGCUUCGUUGGUGUUGCUGUCCCUUCAACAGCUAACACAAAACGGUAUACAGCUACUCCUGGUCAGUACUCCUCUAGGCAUACUGCAGAUGCGACAUACUUGUAUGUUGAUCCUAGGGUGUUCCCAGUUUCUGGCUACCUACCUCAAGAACUUGUAGGUAAUUCUGAGUACAGAUUUGUACACAAAAAUGACAUCCAGGCUUUAAGUGAAACGUACAGGCUAGCUAUACAAAAUAAACACCAAGAAAGGGUUGUAUCAGACAUAUACCGGUUCAAACUAAAAAAUGGUGGUUUGUUGCACAUGCGUACCGUUGCUUUCAGUUUAUUCAAUCCCUUUACAAAAGAGCUUGAAUUUGUUUCUCACCAAAAUUUUGUAAUGGGAAGGGAACUUAAAGGCCGCUCCGAAUGCACAAAAGCAGUUCCGAAUGAUUUGGACAGGUUAAGCUCAUUGGAACUUCAAUAUAGAGCUAUGGGACAUAUACACGACGAAGCGGAAAGCCAAUCGAGUAGAGAUGCGGAAAAUAAUUCUAUAAUAACCCCACUAACGCUGAACGUGCUUCGAAACAGUGGUGUCGACACUGAUCUGCUGACAAAAUUGCUACAGAGAACUGAAGUUAAAGAAGACAGCGAUAGUUGUGACAGUAGUAGACAAUCGUUACCGUUUUGUUCCUCGAAACAAAACAUCAGAGGUUACGAUGCGGAUCAUCAUAGUUUUAAGCAGCAAGAGUGCGCAGUGGCUUCCAUAACCUCAAAAGGUUUAUUAAAAAGAAGCAAGGGAACAGAUGGUAGUGAUACGUUCUCCAGUGGUUACGCUUCUACUUGAUCAUAACGUUUUGUUAGACUCGCUUACUUAGAACGUUUUGUGAGACUCGCUUACUCUAACAUUUUGUUGGACUCGCUUAGUGACAGCGUUUUGCUGGACUCGCUUACUCACUGUUCGUGUUUGUUAUUGACAUGUUAAAAUAAAUAAUAUUAGAUAUAAAUAAUAUAGAUUAUAUACCUUGUUAAUAUUUACUGGAAUAUGUGAUCAUAGCCUAUAUGUAUAUCUGGAUCUGUAGAUCGAUCAAACUCGAUAACAUGUUUUUAAACGGAAUAUAAAAUGUACACGGUCAUAA